CUUCAGAGAUGCUCAGCUGUUGGAUUUUCAUAAAAAGAUUUCUGCAAGGCAAGCAUGUUUUGUCAAACAUUGUCAACAUUCAUUUGAAGGUGGAUCACAGUUUUUUCCCAUUUGCACGGGGAAAAUCUGAUUUUGUUAAGUGUUGAGUGAUGACCGUGGUGUUCAAAAGUUUUAGAAUGGUGCCUCAGUGAUUGAUAAUGUGAUAAGGAUCUAGAAAAGUCACAAUGUUUUCAACUGUAAGUGUCCCUUUCCAACUCUUUCUUUCUAUUCUACUUGCAUUUGUAAACAGUGGGUUUGCAUCAACAUGCAACGGCAUCUUGAAAAAUUGGGAGGGUACAAUCAACAGCCCUAAUUACCCUCAACCAUACCCUAACUCUACAAGCUGCACAUGGUAUCUGUUCCCACCUGCAGACCAUGUUCAGUCCCUAACUAUUGUUAUUCAAGAUCUGGAAAUGGAACAAGGCUUGAAAUGCCUCAUGGAAACUUUUGGCCCAUGUUGCACUCAUAGCUGGCUCUCAGUUCCAUUUAAUGAAUUGGGACGUCCCACGACAAACCAGCAGCUUUGUGGCCACAAUGAAACAAUAAGACAACGGGUAUUUACUGUCACUAAUCCUGGGAAAAGUGUCCAUAUAAAAUUCCACUCUGUUGGAAAUCAUUUUUCAAGACGUGGCUUCCAGCUUCACUAUACUUUUAGCCCAAGAAUUGGAUGUGCAGAAGGUCAAAUUAGAUGUGAUAAUGGAAAGUGUGUACUUCCAAUGUGGCGUUGUGAUGGGAUAGCACAAUGUCAAGAUGGUGCUGAUGAAGUCAACUGCCCCAAGAGCCACUGUCGCAAUCCGCAUGAUGUGGAGUGUGGUCCAUUAGACUUUGGUUGUUUCAACAACCAUACCCAAAGGUGUGAUGGUCACCGUGAUUGUCGUUUGUCAGGCUUAGAUGAAGAUGGCUGUCGAGAGUGCAGCAAAGGGUCGUUGCCUUGUUACACUCGUGGAUGUUAUCUAGUAUCUCAGACUUGUGAUGGUGUUCCUGAUUGCCGAGACUUCACAGAUGAAGCAGAUUGUGGUGUUUGUCCUGAUGGGCAGGUUGAAUGUGGCUCUCAAGCAGGGAAAUGUUAUUCUCCUUAUUUGGACCGUUGUAAUGGUCAAUUGGAUUGCCCUCUUGGGGAAGAUGAAAUGGAUUGUGAGCCCAAUUGUAAAGAUGCUAUUGCUUGUACCAAUGGACGAGGUUGUUACCGUCCAUCUGAACGAUGCAAUUAUGUUGAGGAUUGUGAUGAUGGGUCAGACGAAAUGCAUUGCAAACAUGACUUUACCAUCCGAGACACAUUUGGGUGUGGCUCAGGAGGCACAAUAGCCGAAAGAUUGUGGUGUGAUGGUGUGGAUGACUGUGGUGACGGCAGUGAUGAACAGGGUUGUAUUCGGAAUUCUGUUAUUACUGCUGCAAUCAUGGGUUCCUUAUUGUGCGGUCUUCUUUUGGUUAUUGCUGUUGGAUGCACUUGUCGACUUUAUAGCCUGAGCCUCAAAGGCAUUGGGAGUGGAAGCAGUGCCAGCAACUCACAACAUCAAAGUACUUCAGCUGCCUCACAAACAGGAUCUGGCUCAUCAAGGUCUUGUGCACUUCCACCAAUGUCAACCUUCCCUGGUGAUGAAGAAUUCUAUUUCCGUGAGCCACCUCCAGCCUACUCUGUUGCUAUUGGAGAAGCUCCGCCUCCUGCCUGUGUCUACCCAUUUUCUAUAAACUCUAUAAAUCCUAAUGGUACUCAGCCAAGAGUACACAAUGGCCUCGACCGCAGUCGAAGAUCUCGGCGACACGGGUCUAGUCGCCGCAGCAGCCCUCGAGUGUCAGGACCACCCCAGCUACCUCCAGACCUCCCCCCACUUCCACCCUAUUCACCAGCCCCACAAAGUGCUUUGCCCCCAUACAGUCCAACAGCAGUAGAGCAGUCAGAAGCUCCUCAAUCAUCAACCUCAACUCCCCAAUUUGCUGCUCCACCUACAGUCAAGGUAAUGGAGUCACUUUUGCGGGCAAUCAACAAUGAAAGUGAAACUGUGUCUGAAGAGGCAGGGUCAGAUGUGGCAGCUCUUGUGGAAACACCCCCGGCGUCACCAUCACCAUCACCAUCACCUUCUAUGUCUUCAAGCCAAGAGAGCAUAGCAUAAGUUUUCCCUAGUCAUCCAAACCAGUGCAUGCUGGUAUUUUUGAGGUUGUUGAUAUGUUUUCUAUGAGAAAAGCCAAAAGUCUUUUUUGGCUUGUGAACUACAAUUCUAAUGUUCACACAUGCUUUUGGAUUAGAGGAAAAUGGUAUUGAACCCACUGUGAAGUGUAGGAGAAUCAAUUCUUUGAAACAUUUUAGAGCCUACAUGAUAAAAUACUCCUAGCAUUUUAUGAUCACAAGAAGAGUUCUAAAUCAGAGAGUAGUGUGAAUUGUGUGGGUUUUAAUUAAUACAUCACUUUGUUGCCAUUAGAAUCUUAUUUUGUGUUUAUGCUUAAUUUUAUUUCUUGUUAUAUUUUACCCAUUGUAAAAAUGCCUCAAUGUUCCUGGCAAGUUACCAUAUUAUUUACAGUAUGUCUUGAAUUAAUGCUCUUGGAGGUUAGAAGAAAGCAAGGAUUGUACUAAUAAGAAAGUAGCCGAUUUCCCUUAGAAGCUCCACAACCCUUACUCCUUUUAAUCCUUUUGUUUUAAUUUUUUUGUUUCUGUCUUAUGGUUUAUGUGCUUAGUGCUAUGAAUUUGUCUACACUGUAUCUUACUUAAUCAUUAUCUCACAAGUUUCUUUUCCACCAUACCUCAUAACUUAUGGUAUGCAAAAAUGACUGUCACGUGAGAUUUAGACCGUCCUUAUUAUUUUCUUUUGACCAAUCAAUCUCAAUUUUAUGAUUGUGCAUGCUACUAUUUGAGAAAUGAAAUAUCAAUGCAGCAACGUAUAUUUGUUAAACUACAUAUUUUUUUGUAAAUUGUAUUGUUUGUAAGGUGUGCUUAAAGUCUCCCUUCUGAAUCACUGAUAGUCUUUUUAUGUUUUUCAAUUAUUAUUUGUCUAUUACUUUUAAAAUAUAUCUUUUA